GUCCGCGUCCAACCUCCUCCUCGCUACACUCAAACCAGGCCCCUCCGCACCACCACCCAGCAAUGCGAGUAUAAGCUCAGCUGCGUCCUCCUCCACUUCACCCACCACGACAGCGGCAUCUACCAGCUCGUUCAACCCAAGCACGAUGUCCUCGGGAACGACGGUGGCGAAGGAUUGGGACAACCAGAGUAUCUUUAGCGAGUCAUCCGAAGGGCGAAAUGUUGGCGGCGCGAUCUCCCCUACUGGGGGUAACAUCCAGCCUGUGGGCACUGCGAGCGCGAGUGCAGACCUGCUUCGAGAUAUGGUGGCGAAGAGGAUGAAGACGUUCACUUUCUUGAAGACCGUGCAUGAGGGGAAGGGACAUUGGCUGCAGAGCAUACAGUUCACUCGGCAGGAGCUGGACAGGGAGUUCGAUAAUGCGAAAAUGCGGAAACGAACGCAUCGUUUUCAUGUCCUCGGAUUGUCGCUCUCCUCUUUAUGGGAUAUCUCGGCGCCCAACGAUUUCUUACGCGCCUUGCUCGCUAUCCUGGACGAGUUUGAUCAUUUUCAAGACGACGUGAACUACAAGCCGAAAAUGCGCAACUUGUUUAGAGGAGUGUCGUCGAAGCAGCUGAGGAAAGGCAGUGCGGGAGACACACCAUAUGCAGAUUUUUUCCUGGAUGGUGCAACACUUCUCACACCUCCAUUCCCCUUUCCGCUUGAUUAUUCUCAAACAUUAUACACACUCUACGACAUCCUGCUGGAAACAUACCACAAGAUGUAUCGCUUUCUCGGUCCCUCAAUACUUCCCUCUUCCCACGCGCCCUCCCUCCAUCUAAUCGAUCGCGAUCGUAUUCGACACCUUCCGAAGAUGGCGUUCCUUCUGGCGGAGGAGGGAUGA